AUGUUGAGCAUUUCUGCCAUAUCAAUCUCGCUCCGCGUGGUAUCGCUGUCGGUGCCGGCGCUGCGCGCGCGCGGCGAGGCGGCCUCGCUCGCCUGCGAGUACGACCUGGCCGGCGGGAGGCUGUACUCCGUUAACAUAAAGGCCCGCUUAGACACUUUUGCAACAUUCGAUAUCCACGUAGUACUAGUAUCGAUCUUCCUUCUCGUGGUAUCAUUAUCGGUACCGGAAUCAAUCUCGCUCCACGUGGUAUCACUACGGGUACCAGUAUCAAUCUCGCUCCGCGUGGUAUCACUAUGGGUACCAGUAUCAAUCUCGCUCCGCGUGGUAUCACUAUGGGUACCAGUAUCGAUCUCGCUCCGCGUGGUAUCGCUGUCGGUGCCGGCGCUGCGGGCACGCGGCGAGGCGGCCUCGCUCGCCUGCGAGUACGACCUGGCCGGCGGCAGGCUGUACUCCGUCAAGUGGUACCGGGAUAAUGAGGAGUUCUAUAGAUUUAUAGUAUCAAUUUCACUCCGCGUGGUAUCACUAUGGGUACCAGUAUCGAUCUCGCUCCGCGUGGUAUCGCUGUCGGUGCCGGCGCUGCGCGCGCGCGGCGAGGCGGCCUCGCUCGCCUGCGAGUACGACCUGGCCGGCGGGAGGCUGUACUCCGUCAAGUGGUACCGGGACAAUGAGGAGUUUUAUAGCAUCCAAGUUGUACCAGUAUUGAUCUUUGGUGUGGUAUCACUAUGGGCACUAGUAUCAAUCUCGCUCCGCGUGGUAUCGCUGUCGGUGCCGGCGCUGCGCGCGCGCGGCGAGGCGGCCUCGCUCGCCUGCGAGUACGACCUGGCCGGCGGGAGGCUGUACUCCGUCAAGUGGUACCGGGAUAAUGAGGAGUUUUAUAGGUACAUGCCGCGCUUGAGGCCGCCGCAGCACGCGCACGCACUAGAUGGAGUUACUGUCGACUUGCACAAGUCCAGUGCGCGGCGCGUGCACCUCAGGGACCUGACGCUCAAGUCCCGAGGCCUGUACCGCUGCGAGGUGUCUGAGGAGGCACCGUCAUUCCACUCCGCUGAGGCUGAGGCCUUCCUUGAGGUCUAUUAUUUCCCCCGCGAAGCCCCGAAGGUGUCGGGUCACGAGCGGCGGUACGGCAACAACGAGCCGCUCGACGUCAACUGCUCCUCGGCCGAGGCGUUCCCCGCGCCCGACCUGCAGUGGCUCGUCAAUGGACAGAAGGUGACCAACCCCAGCUGGCUACUCCCCCUCGCCACCGUCCCCACCCCCGCGGGGCUGCUGGUGUCGCGGCUCGGGCUGCGCGCGCCGGCGCGGGGCCGCAUGCGCCUGCGAUGCGUCGCCGCCAUCGGGACGCAGAAGCGAGAGCGCUCGGUUGUUAUAGAAACGAGCAGAUCUUGUUGCAACCGACCCAUCAGUAUUCUAGUGGUAUUAGUGAUAGUUUCAAUAUGUAGGAAUUACAUUAUUUGUAUGAUAUCAUGAUAAAAUCUACGUGAAUCUUACAUUGGUUUAGUAUAUUCUACCCAUUAACCUUAUAAUAAUUUAAGAAAAUAAUAAAAUUAAUUGUUCAAUAAAAUGUAAAAAUGUUAAUAAGAAUAGUUAUUUAAUUUUAAUAAGAACGAACCUAUGCUACAGAACUUGCAUCCCAUAACAUCUUUUUGUUACAUAUUUUUAUUAUUGUUUAAAGUAAAAGUAGAAUUCCAUAAUAAGGCUAAUUCAAUCUGCCCAAAUUUUCUGAUAA